CCGCGCGGCGCCGCCAUGUCGGGAGCGGCGGGGCCGGGGCCGCCGGUGGGGCCGGGCCGCUCCCCGCUUCCCUGCGCACCCCGCCCCGCCGCCGCGCUACAGCUGAGCGGGGGCACCGAGCCCGCCCGGCCCGGGGUCGCUGUCAUCGACCUGCGCUUCCCCCGCGGCGCCGCCGCCGAUGUACAGGAGAUCGUCUUCAAGAACUUCUACACGGCGUUCCUGAGCGUGCGGGUGCAGCGGCCCGGCCCCGGCGGCUCCCGGCGCUGGGUGACCUGCCUGCGGGACAUGUGCCUCAUGCCCUGCCCGCACACCGAGCAGGGCGCGCAGGACUACUUCUCCCUCCACCGCAACCAGAUGCUGUGUGACAUGGACCAGGUGACAGCAGUACGGUUCAUUCUGCGGCAGCCCUCCCCAGUCUGGCUCCAGUUCACCAUCGAGGAGCUGCAGAUUUUCCCCCCUGGACAGAAGAGCCCCCAGACGGAUUUUCCCUCCUGGCUCUCCCAGCUGACCCCUCCGGAGCAGCCAGCCAGCCUGCCUGGGGAGCUACCUGACCCGGAGAAGGUGUCAACAGAGGUCCAGCAAAUGUGGGUGCUGACAGAGGUGAUCCGCACUCGCCAGGCAGCUGCCCGCAUCGGGCGCUUCGACGUGGAUGGCUGCUACGAUGUCAACCUGCUUUCCUACACGUGAGCCCUGGCGGUGCUGGCCGGAGGGAGCUGCCUGCCCCGUGCCCAAGCGGACUCCAGUGCUCCCACAUCGGCCUUUGUCCCUGUGGCGCUGGGGGGGGGGGGGU